AUGGAUGCUAUACACAAGCUGAAGAUUUUCGUGAUGUUUCUGUCUCUGGCUACUUUCAUGGGCAUGGUGAUACUGAAUGCUGGAAAUGCCACUGGGAUAUACAAAGGUCUGUUCAGGACAACCCCUGGAAACAUCUCAUCCAAAUACAGCACUGAUUUCACACCAGCUGGAUGGACUUUCCUCAUCUGGAAUGUCAUCUAUGCCUGGCAGCUUGCCUGGCUCCUCUACGCUUUGUCAGGGAUCUGUCGAAGGAAUGAAUCUGGAUGUGUCUUCAUAAGACCAAACUUGCUGCCAAUACCUUUUUAUGUGAUGUGGAUUCUAAAUAAUGGCCUCAAUGUUGGAUGGCUGUUUCUGUGGGACCGAGAAUACCUCCUGCCAGCCCUGGUGUUCCUGGCAGUCCUCACUCUUACCACAUGUGCCUCCCUCUUCAUUUCACACCGAGCCUUGAGCAUCCAUUCCUCAUGGUUUGUGAAGGGUCACAAAGCUGAGCUCUGGCUCAUCCGCAUUCUGGUCCAGAACGGGCUGGCACUGUAUGCAACAUGGACCACCAUUGCCACUCUGCUGAACUUUGCCGUUGUCUUGGUCUACAACUGGGACAUAUCCAACGAGAAAGCAACGACUGCUUCUCUCAGCAGCCUUGCUCUUGGCCUAGUGAUAUGGUUUUAUGUAGAAAACUUCUUUCUUGACGAGUAUGUCCGCUAUAAUCUUACAGUCUACCCAGUGGUCAUAAUAGCUCUGACUGGCAGCACAUGCAAGAACAGCUCGUUUUCAUUCCCAACAACCAACGGCAUUUUUAUAGUUGUUCUGCUGGCAGUGACUUGCUUGAUCUUUGCUGUUCGGCUUGGACUAGUCACAUGGAGGCACUGUAAGAGACCACUGGAAGCAUCAGAAAUCCCACACCUGUCAGGCAUCGUGGCCUGA